CUGUCUUUGCUUUGUUACCUUCACAAGCAUUCUUUGAUCUCUUCGUCAGUUCUCUCUCUCUCUCUCUCUCUCUCUCUUCAGGCCUCCCUCCCUCUCACUCUCUCUCUCUCGAUCUCGUCCUGUUUGUUCGGAGUUGGUAGCGCCAAAUGGCGGAUUCAUAUCCCUGCCACUGAUAUCUUCCGACUGUCUGGCCCAAAGAAAAACCAUCUGCAGUUUGAGGAAAGAGACAACAAUGUUCAAGCUGAACAGGAACAGGGCAGCUAAAUCGGGGGAGAGGGUCGACUUCAAGUUCUAUCAGCUCAAGGCUCUCCAGGUUCCAAAAGGAUGGGACAAGCUCUUUGUGUCAAUUAUCUCAGUAGAGACCGGGAAAACAAUUACAAAGUCGAGCAAGGCAUCGGUACGGAACGGAACUUGCCAAUGGACUGAGAAUAUAGCAGAAUCUAUAUGGGUUCCGCAGGAGGAUUCCUCGAAGGAAUUGGAAGAUUGCCUCUACAAGCUCGUCGUGGCAAUGGGAUCAGCGAGAUCAGGCAUUCUGGGAGAGGCUACAAUCAACAUCACAAGUUAUGUGAAAUCGAGUGCGACAUCAACUGUUUCAAUCCCCUUGAAAAAGUGUAAUCACGGGACAGUGCUUCAAGUCAAAAUUCACUGCCUGACACCACAAACAAAGCUCAGGGACGAUGAAUCUAAAGGGACCAAUUCAAGCAUUGAAGACUCAAAUCCGAACAGCCUCGAGGAGGAUAUCAAGUCUGAUGAAGGGCCUGGGAGUAAAUCGCCAGGAGGUGGCACUGACUCUUACAUGAGCAAGGAGCUUGGUUCAAGUUCACGGCCAGAAGAGCUUAGGAGUCAGGAAACAACUCUCUCCUCAUUUGACUCUCGUCGUAGCUCGGAGUGGCCAGAAAUAUAUUCCCCGCUAAGGAAGAAGUUUCCCCGUGAAAACAAUGUAGGUGGUGGAGCAAAUAACUUCAAUGGCCGCGAAGAUUCGACGCACUCUUACGGGGUAGAAGAUGCUUCGCAGUCGAAUAGUUUAUAUGGUAAUGCACAGACCAUAGAUUCAGGAAAAUUCGGUCCGUCAUCUUUGAGAAUUCCCAGUUCUUCAAAGGACCUUCUAGAAGCUGCAGAGAACACCAUAGAAGCGCUUCGAUCUGAAGCGAAAAUGUGGGAGAGAAACUCCCAGAAACUGAUGCUUGAUGUGGAUAUUUUAAGAAAGGAAUUCUCUGAUCAGUCAAAGAAGCGGGUGAGCCUGGAGAUUGAGCUCUCAGAAGCUAAUGCAGAUCGUGACGGGCUGAGAAAGGAAGUUGAGAGGAUGAAGCUUUUGGUUGAGAAGCACGCAGUGGAAGAAUCACAAGGAAACCAAAAUGAAGGUGCGACGCCUAUUCAGAAGGAGUUGGAGGAAGAGAUUAGAUUUCAGAAGGAAACCAAUUCUAUUUUGGCUCUUCAGUUGAGUAGGAGCCAAGAAUCGAACAUCGAGCUUGUUUCUGUUCUUCAAGAGAUGGAAGAGACAUUGGAGAAGCAGAAGGUCGAGCUCGAAGAUCUUAAGUUGGAGCUUUCAAAGUACAAUGACAUGGAACAAUCCCUGCUGCACAAAUUAGCGGACGAAAAGGCAAAAGUUGCAAGGGAAAUUAAGGAAGAAUAUGGGCAAAAACUAUUAGCUCAAGAAGAGGAAGUCAGAAGUUUAAGAGCGAAGAUAACGGAACUAACCGACCAGAGGCAAAGAGAGGAAUCAUCAGAGAGAGGCAACAAAGAGUGCUUGGUUAAAGAAAUUGAACUCUUGAAGGAAAAACUUCAGGAGCUUGAAAGGGACUGCAAUGAGCUCACGGAGGAAAAUUUGGACCUCUUGUAUAAGCUCAAGGAGAUGAACAAUGGUUCUGUGCAGGGAACAGUUCAGUCAUAUGAACUCAUGUCAUGUGAAUACUCGACGAAAUCUGUGAGCAGCUCGGACCAUGAAAUUCAGGUAGUGAAGGAGAGCUAUGACAGUUACGAUGAAUCAAUUCGAGAGCUUGAGGGCUUGAAGCUGGAUCUCGAGAGUAAGAAUAGAGAACUUGGCAAGGAGUUGAUUGAGCAGAAAGCUGAGAGAGAGAAGCUCGAAGAGAGGUUGAGGGCAAGAGAAGCGGAGAUUGAAGAUCUAAAAGCGAUGGUCUCGGAUCUUGAGAAUGAAAGGGCUCGGCUUGAGGAAGAUUUGCAGACAAUGCAGAGAGAAAGCGAUGUAACUUUUAAGUGCUUGAGUGAUCUGCAGAACGAUUUGAAUGUCCUAAGUAGCAGCUUUGAUUCUCAUGUCUCCGCAAAUAGAAUCCUCGAGACGAAGUCUUCUGAAUUAGAGAGCCGAAAACGUGAAUUGGAAGUACAUCUGGUUGAGCUUGAGAGAAACAACAAAGAGUUGAUGGCCAGCAUGUCAGGCUUCGAAACUGAACUAAGGAGCACUCGACGAGAACGUGAUGCCCUUGUAGAAGAAGUAGGUUCUCUCCGGAAGUUGACUGAAGAGUUCAAGAAACAGAAUCUUGAGCUGCAUGAGGUCCAUCUGAGAUUAGAGUCUAACUUGGAGGAACUAAGGGACGGAUUUGCUGCCAAGGCCAAAGUGUUGGAGGAUAACCUAUCCUUUAUCAUGGAAGAUGUUUCGUUGGAAGAGGAGAAACUGCUUUCGAGAUUAGUUGCUCUUCUCAAUGAAGACAGGAAACGUGAGGAGGAACUCGUUCAGGCAGAACAAGUAUUCAAUCAGUUCUAUGUAGAUAAAUCGAUCGAAAUUGAAAAUCUUCAGAAGGAGGUCAAGGAACUGAGGGAGAAGAUUUUGGAAGUUCAAAAUGAGAGGGAUAAAUUAGUAUCCCAGGCUGCAGAUGAGAUAUCGAAGGUAUCAGCAGACAAAGCUGAACUGGAGAUUUCUUUUCAAGAGAUUCAAUCUCUGAUAGCAGCGAAAGAGAAUGAGUUCGACACCAUGAGAUCGGAGUCAGAGAACAAAGUUAAAGGCCUAAUGGAGGAUGUUGCUGCCUUGAGACAGGACAGGGAGAAAUUAUCGAAGCUGUUGGAGAGUAGAAGAUUAGGUGAAGAGAAGCUACGGACUAUGAUUAAUGAGCUCGAGCUGAGGCUUACUGUUUCUGAAUAUGAGAGGCAACAAAUGACGGGCAAAACCGCCGACUUGAAGGUCCAACUGCAGGAAAUCGUGCAACUCAAGAAUGAGCUUGGUGAAGCCAAAUCAGAUAAGGAGAAGCUUGAAGCUGAUUUUAAUUUGAUUGUGGGGGAACUUGAAGAACUGAAACGGGAGAGAAAUGCAGGUUUGGAGAAAAUUUCCAACUUAGAGGAGCUAGUCAGGGUGCUGGAAGAUUACAAACAUGUGAAAACCUCGUUGGAGGAAAAGCUCGUUCGGUUAGAGAGUGAGCUAGCAGCGAACGAGGCAGUGCUUGCUGAGGCUAUGGAAGUCAGGAGUGAGCUUAGUCGGGUUCGGAAAGAAAGCAGGCAAUUCCAGCAGACAAUGAAGAAACUGGAAGAAGAGAGGGAUGAGUAUUCAGUCAAAUCUCGAGCCCUCGAAGAGGCAUUGAAGGCGGUUAAGGAAGAGAAGAAGAAUCAGAAGUAUUCAAGUGGUUUGAGGAACACGAGUGCAUCGAAGGUUAUUAACAGAAUUAGUCCGAUGAGUGAAGCUACCAAUCACUCAAAGAAUGAGACUUCAAGAAGUGCAAGUAAGCAGCGAGAUGCUAGGAGAAAGCCGCUCCCUAAGGGCAGUCAAGUCCUGGAAGUUGCAAGAGAUCAACAGAGUCCCUCAAAUGCAAGUUACGCGAGUGAUCAAAGCUUCUUAACAGAGAUUGCUGAGACAGACGACACCUGCGAGGCUCCUCACAGCGGGCUAUUCUCAGAUGCCGUGGAUUCAGCUAGAAAAUCAACUCCUGAAGGUGAAGUGGUCACAAAGGAAAAAUUUGAGCGCACGAAAUCUUCGCUGGAGUCAGAGUUAAUAGAGCUUCGGGAACGGUAUUCCCAGAUGAGCCUCAGAUAUGCUGAGGUGGAAGCUCAGAGAGAGGAACUUGUGAUGAAGCUGAAGGCUGCUCGGAGCGCAAAGAGAUGGUUCUCUUGAAGCAGAGCAACCUCUCCAUAUCAUGUUUCUUCUUUCUCCUCACCAUGCAUUGUCCGUAAUAUCUUUCCUUACUGAUGAUCUUCGAUAAUCUAUAAUACACACACAUACACACACACAAUUUCUAGCAGCAAAAAAUAACUGUAAGAAUGAUACCGAUGGAAUUGGCUUUCCUUUUGUGAUCAGGAAAAUAAAGACAUUUUCAUCAUCAAUACAUAUCGAGUGAUAAGUACUUCUCCGGGUACUGUAAAAGUAAAGGUAAAUGAAACGUGAGUUUUUUCCUUCGAAA